UCUGCUUCUUCCUUCUCUCAGGGUUUUAUCUUGACAUCUGCAUUCCGUCUUCUUCUCUCCCCCUUCACCUCUGCGUUAACUGCGUUCUUCUCGUUCUCCACCCAAUCAUCCUCUGAGAGGCUGCUUGUGUCAGAAUCAAACUUAACUUUCGUUCCUGAGCCGCCCAGUCCAAGCUCUCUUUCAGAGACAGCACUUUGCGCCUUUUCCUCGUCCUCCGAGCCUCCAUAACGUGCCCAUUAAAUCUCCUUGUCUCGAAGACACCCAACGAUCUACGCUUCCAGUUCCGUCUCCGCUAUCGUAUCGAAGCCUUGUCGCCUUCCCUUUUCUUUUUCCGAGUUUGAACCCUUACACGACCUUCACCCUCCUUCACAAUGCCAGGUUUCGCGGAUUGUUUUUGGUCCCCUGAUUAUGCCAGCGGGCUUGGCGUACUCUUCACCAAACUGCAGCAGGGCAUAGUAGAGAACCAGCAAAUCCUUGCUAUUGCUCGUAUGCGCGCAGAUGCAGAACAAUUAUACAGUGCAAGACUGGGGGAUAUCGCGCCAUCAAUCGAUCGGAUGUCAAACGGUUUUGCACGGGACGAUGGUGCCAGCGUACGAAAAGCGUACGAAGGAGUUCGAAGUGAGAUGAUAGAAGCCACAAAGAACCAUCAGAAGAUUGCCUCCAAUAUUCGCGAUCUCGUUGUAACCCCCUUCGGUCGUUGGGCAGCACAGCACGAAGCGCGGAUUUUGAAUAGCCAGGAGGAGCUCCAGACGAGAGUCAAAGAGCAUUCAAAACAAGCGGAACUAACGAAGAAGUUACGGAGCCAGUAUUUCAACAAAUGUCGAUUGGUGGAAGAUUUGGAGGAAGAGAACAAGCUUGCCUUUCAGAGCCCGGACAGAGAAACGGGCAGUCCGAAACAGGCACCUCCGACGAUUGUUUUGCCCGAUGGUGACGAGGAACCCGAGCCGAUUGAGCUGGGUGACCAAGUUUACCUACCCGACCAGCUAAAGAAACUCUUAACUCACAUGCUUGAGACAGUCAAAAUUGGAGAGGCUAAGGUGCCAAUUUUGGGCACCUAUUUAAACACUUCUACUGGCGCAGAUAUCGUGGAAUAUAUCCAAAAACAUUUAAACGCGUCAAGCAUCAGCUAUGCCGAGCGGAUUGGCCAGGAUAUGGUGGACAAUGGCUUCUUGAGACUGGUUGGAAACGUCGGCAGCACCUUCGCUAAUAGCUCUAGAAUGAACUAUCAAUGGCGCUCUAAAGCUUUCCAAAUAACCGGCAUUCCUGAGAAAAAGAAACCGCUAUUGCGAGUUUCGUCACUAGCGUCCGGUAGCGACGACAAUGCGGACUCACCCACUGUUGCAGAGAUUUUAUCUGGAUGGAAUCCACUCAAUAACCCUUAUCCAAACGAGACACCUGCGGAGAAACUUCGACGCGAGGCCCGCGAGACUGAUGAACGCUAUAAAGCUGCCGUGAAGAAACUAGACCGCAUGCGAUGUGCCAUGGAAGAAGAGAUUAUCGACUACCUAAAAUUCAUGGAGCGAUGCGAAUUGGAUCGUCUAAAAGCGAUUAAAGCUGUCAUCCUCGACUUCUCAGGCGCCAUAAGCAAUGUGAUUCCAUCUUUACGCAGCACGGUCGACCAAAUGAUGCUUUACCAAGAGACCAUCCAACCGCUCGGGGAUCUCAGGUACCUAUUGGAGAAUUAUCGGACCGGAGCCUUUGUACCUCGUGUUCAGCCGUAUGAGAAUUACUAUGGCUCUGUUGACGAUCAAACCUUUGGCGUCGAUCUGGAAGCUAGGGCUAGGGCGGACCGCAAAAGAGUUCCUAUCAUCGUCACCAGCAUUUUAACGUACCUUGAUAAUCGGUAUCCCGAUCUCGAAGGCGACGAAGCUCGCCGUGCAAUAUGGCUUCAUGAAGUACCGCUCGCAACGACACAUCAUCUCCGCAAUGUUUUAAACAACGGUCAGCCAGUUAUGCCAGAAACCUUAGAUCGAUACGAGAUUCCUGUUGUUGCGAGUGUGCUGAAGUUAUAUCUGCUUGAACUACCAGAUUCCCUUGUGUCUUCCCAGGUAUAUGAGAUCGUGAGAACCAUUUACACCACCACGAGCGACGCAUCCGAGGAAGGUCGCGUGAAAGUAUUACAAAACACCCUGGGCCAGCUCCGUCUUAACAACAUCGCAACCCUGGAUGCCGUGAUCACUCAUUUUACGCGGCUAAUCGACCUAACGUCGGCAGACGAUGCAUACGUGACCGCUCUAGCACAAAACCUCGCCCCAUGCAUCCUCAGACCACGUGUCGAAAGUAACCUUACAAUGGAUGAACGGCAUAAUUACCGCCUUCUCCGGGACCUCUUUGAUCAUAAGGAGGAGAUAUUUGGAGAGCUGAAACGACAGGCUAGUUCCCUUGGUAGUUUGUCGUCGGGGUCUUCUCGACCGCGCGCUAUAAGCACGGACGAGAGCAAUCGACGUGCAAAUAUGGAGGCGAGGAACAAGGCGAUUGCUGAUAGAAGCCGAGCAAAUAGUCCCGCUCCUGGGUACCGUCAUCGACGCGAUCGAUCGAUUGGCGGAUCGGAAUCCACUCGCUUCCCGAUUAAUGUCGGUAGCCCAACAACGGCAGAGAGACGGGUUGGUGGACAGAGUCUAGAGGUCCCCGGAUCCGUAGGCUCCCCUACCACAGUCGACUAUCAACGUAAAGCGGAACCUUCGGGAAACAAUGCAGCGACAAACGGUAACGGUGAUUCUUCGGCUGCUCAAGAUGACGCUACCCCGUCGACGCCAGUCGCUGUUGUGGGCAAGAGUAAUUCUCUUUCCCGCUCCGGCGGCAGAUAUUCUCGUAUUACUGGAUUGAAUAGGGAUAGCGUUGGUAAUGUUGUUCCAGAGAGCGCUGGAGGUGACGCUCAGGGAGAGGGAGCGGAGCAAGCUCCGCCCAGACCAGUAGGAGUGACACUGGAGGACAAACCAAUGGAUGACUGAUUUUAGAAGAGCUUCUAGAGAUGUGAUACUUUGUUCAAGGGGUGAUAUCCAUUAUGCGAAAACAAAUUUAUAAUUCUGUUUUAUAUAAGUACAGAGUAUUGAGCGGCUAUUCCUGAAUAUUUUUUUUUUUUCCUUUUCAUAUGCUCUGAUCUUGUCUUGUUUCUUAUCUGGUUUGCUGCUUUUUCCUAUGGUUCCAUGCAUGCCCUGUCUUCCCUAUGUAAAUACAUAUGCCUAUGUAAACCUCAUGUUUUAUGUGUCUUGGAGUCCAUGAAUUCUCGGUUGUUUGACUGCUGCGCUCGGAAUAUGUAACAAAGCCUUGCAUACACACAAUCUCU